AGCCCACCAAAACAAACAAUUAGGGUUCCCAAGGGGCGCUAGGGUUUUUAGACUUUUAGUACAAGCAGAGAAGUGCGUUGGUCAUCUCUUUUUCUCUCUCUCAGACGAAGUCACAGAGGCGGCGAGGGCGAGGGCGAGGGCGAGGUCGAGGAGAAUGGCUCGGAUCAAGGUGCACGAGUUACGGGGGAAGUCGAAGGCGGAGCUGCUGAGCCAGCUGAAGGAUCUGAAGGCGGAGCUGUCGCUGCUCCGGGUGGCGAAGGUCACCGGCGGCGCCCCCAACAAGCUGUCGAAGAUCAAGGUGGUCCGGCUGUCCAUCGCUCGGGUGCUCACCGUCAUCUCGCAGAAGCAGAAGACCGCGCUCAGGGAGGCCUACAAGAACAAGAAGUACAUCCCCCUCGACCUCCGCCCCAAGAAGACCCGCGCUAUCCGCCGCCGCCUCACCAAGCACCAGGCAUCAUUGAAGACGGAACGACAAAAGAAGAAGGAGAUGUAUUUUCCAAUGAGAAAGUAUGCAAUCAAGGCUUAGAGUAGGAAUAUGGACAGGACUGCUUUUUUUUGGUGUUCUUAUGAGUUCUUUCUAUGUUUUUAAUGAUGAUGUUCGGCUUGCUGAAUGGUGUGUCUAUGUCUUAUCCAAAUAUCCAAUGCAAUGACAUGGAUUAUUUUUUUGACUCUUAAAUGCUCUGCAACACUAGCAGUUUAGACAUUAUCAUAUUAAUUCUUGCACCAUUUA